AUGUGGAGAGCACUGAGAUCGAAGAUUAAGGUGAAGUUCCUUGAUGGAUCGAUUCCGAAACCGACCGAAGGCGAUCCUACUUUCGAAGCAUGGGAUAGGUGCAAUAAUUUUCUUCUCUCUUGGAUUAACCUCUCUCUCAGUCCUGAGAUCGCUAAAAGCGUGAUGUGGAUUAGUUCAGCUCCAGAUUUAUGGAACGAUUUGAAGCAUCGUUAUUCGCAUGGAGAUGUUUUUCGAGUAGGUGAGUUGAAAGAGGAAUUCUAUGCGCUCAAACAAGGUGAUCUCUCUGUCACCUCUUAUUUUACUAAGUUGAAGGCUAUUUGGGAAGAAUUAGAAAAUUUACAUGCCAUCCCUAAUUGUGUUGCUUGUGUGAGUGGUUGUUCUUCUGGAUUAAAAAUCGUUCGAGAUCAUGCAUCUGAAGAAUAUGUUGUUAAAUUUUUGAGAGGUUUGAAUGAACAAUAUUCCACUGUUAAAUCACAAAUUAUGCUUAUGACGCCAUUGCUUGAAAUCAACACUGUCCUAGUUAUGCUAACUCAACAGGAACGUCAGUUGAAUUGUGAGUUGUCUGAUAGCAAAAUUGUGACUAAUUCUUUGGAAGCGCAAGCCUCAGCUGGAGGUGGUUCAUUCCCAGCAAGAGGCAGAGGCCGUGGGAGAAGUACAGGUAGAGGAGGCACUCAGAAAUUCUAUGGUCGAGGAUACACUUCUAAGAUUUGUAGCUACUGUAAUCGAAUUGGUCAUUUAGCAGAAACUUGCUACAAGAAAAAUGGUUUUCCUGCUCACUUAAAACAACGAGUAGCUAAUCAAAUCAGCACUGAAGGGACAGUUGAGAAUUCUAGUGCUGAGAUCACUGAUUCUGGCUCAGAUGAAAAGAGUAAUGAUACAGUACUUGUAUUAACUCCAGAUCAGAAAGAAACUUUACUGGCCCUCCUCCAACAACCAUUCAUGCCAGCUUCCCAUAGUGUUAACCACAUCACUUCUUCAGCCACCCUCACUCAGCCAAAAGGUAGGCAUUUCUUGAGUAUGUCAUCAAAUUUUAAUAAAACCUCUUGGAUACUUGACAGUGGAGCCACUGAUCAUGCAUCUUACAUUCAAGAGUCUUUUAAAACUUUCUUUUACAUGAAGCCGGUCUUAGUAAAUCUACCUGAUGGCUCCACCACUACUACAAACAUUUGUGGCACUGUACAACUUUCGAACCAUUUGACCCUUACUAAUGUCUUAUUCAUACCUCACUUUAAAUACAAUUUGAUUUCAGUUUCUAAACUCACAAAGUCAUUGCAUUGUGAAUUAAAAUUCACUGAUUCUUCUUGUGAGAUACAGGUACUCCCAUCAUUGAAGAUGAUUGGGCAAGCUAAAGUCAUUGGUGAUCUCUAUGUGAUGAAUGCUCAACCCUGA